AUGGCGAGCUUUCACAUCCAGCCUGACUUUUUGGAUUGCAUCAAGGACGUUUCAAGCGGCGUCUACAGCGAAGAUACUUUUUUCAUCAACGUAGAGCCAUCAGCAAAUCAAGUUGAUGAGUAUCGCGUAAAAGUGACUCUCAAUGGUAAUGCCGUCCACUUUGACGCUGGCGAAGGCAAUUUGUUUGAGAGGUUGAGUGACCAAACCUUUUCGGCUUGUCUUGACGGCAAACGAUGUGAGUUCAGGACUCCAAAGUACGACCUUACUCAAACAUCCACCGAAAGUCUAGGUCCGAACUUUUCAUCUGCUGAUUCUUACAAAAGCUGUGGCAACACGAAAUACGUAGUAGGAGACUCCUUUGGCCGACUGGGAAUAUUCGACGACAGACAGCGUCUUGUUCUCGCCGUCCAAGGCCACUACGCCGACGUCAACACUGUACGAUUUUUCCCCAGUGGUCAAGUCGUGCUCAGUGGAUCUGCUGACAUGCAGCUCAAAAUCUGGUCAGCUACCGAUGGUCAUUGCGCGCGCACGUUACGAGGCCAUAGGGGCCCAGUUACUGCCACGGCUAUAGUCGAUCGCGGCAGAAACAUAAUGUCAUCCUCAAGCGAUGGCACCGUGAAACUUUGGGAGUGCGCAAGUGGAGACACGGUUCACACAUACGCAAGAGAUUCAAGUCCUUCAGACGCCAUCAAUACAAUGGUCAUGCAAGAUUCAGGUGCCGGUCAACACGAGGCAGAAUCCCACCAGCAGGAAUUUGGCACUGCAGGAAAAAGUGUACUGGCCGGACACGAUUCUGGAGUGAUUUCCAAAUACGAUAUUUACACCAAGAAUUGUGUGCUAGAGACUUCCAACCAGUUCAUGAGCUCCUGUCGAGCAAUGGCAUUGAGUGACUCUCCAUCAGAUCCAUACUCAGUCUACGCGGGCUACGCGAACGGCAUACUUGCAAACUGGGAUCUAAGAAAUCCAUCAAAAGCCGUUCACCACCUAUCUGGGACUAACGAUUCAGAAGUAACGGCUGUUCACGUACAAGAAGGCCAGCUAUUCGUGUCGUUUGAGCAGAGCUCUGCCGUUUGUUUCGACAUCAAUCCGAGACUUGGGCCGUUCGAGGACUCGACCUACUUAGUAUCUGGAACAAAUCGCAUUUCAGCAUUUGCAGCUUCCAAGGAAGCAUCCGAGACUAUUUCAGUGGGUUCCGAGGGCUUCUGUGCUGUUUACUGA